AUUCCAAGUGGUGCUCCUCUUUUGUUGCUUGUGGUGCACCAUUGGCAGCUCAAACUGUGCUAAGCUGUCAAGACUUUAAUAACUAAUAAAAACAGCAGUGGACCACCAAUCUAUACCGGAUCAUAUCACACAAAGAAAUGCAUUCCUGCAUAUGCACAAUUGAGUAAUAUAUUUUUUAUGAGAUUAGCAUGCCAUUAUUUCAUUAAUACAUCUAUCUAUCCAUCCAUUUUCCAUUAUCCUACACAGGAGUCUAUCCUAAGGAACUCGGGGCACAAGGCAGGGGACACCACAGCACAAUCACAUACACAUUCACACACUGUGGACAAUUUGGAAAUACCAAUCAGCCUACAAUGCAUGUCUUUGAACUUUGCGAGGAAACCAGAGUACCCGGAUGAAACCUGCAAAGCACGGGGAGAACAUGCAAACUCCACGCUCAGAGGACGAAGGCGGGUAUCAAACCCCCAACCCUGGAGAUGUCAUGGCGUCCAACCUACCGAAGCUCCAAGUUUCGAAACGUCUACGGCAAAGUUGCCAACAGGGAGCACUGCUUCGAAGGCAUAUCCAUCACCAAGAAUGUCCAUGACAACCACUUCUGCGCUGUCAACAGCAAGUUCUUGGCCAUAGUGACAGAGAGCGCCGGAGGAGGGGCCUUCAUCAUUAUCCCAGUCACUCAGACCGGCCGUAUCGACCCUCACCACCCAAAGGUCUGCGGUCACCAAGGCAACGUGUUGGAUAUCAAGUGGAACCCUUUCCAUGAGAACAUCAUUGCUUCCUGCUCAGAAGACUCUUCUGUGCGGAUAUGGGAGAUUCCAGACGGUGGCCUGAGAAGGAGCAUGACUGAAGCCAUAUUGGAGUUGUAUGGUCACAGUAGACGAGUGGGUCUUAUAGAAUGGCACCCGACCAGCAGCGGCAUCCUGUUUAGCGCAGGAUAUGACUACAAGAUCCUGAUCUGGAACCUGGAGAUUGGAGAACCGGUGAAGAUGAUCGAUUGCCACACAGAUGUGAUCCUCUGCAUGUCGUUCAACACUGAUGGAAGCCUGCUGGCCACCAGCUGCAAGGACAAGAAGCUGCGCCUCAUCGAACCCCGCUCAGGCCAGGUGCUACAGGAGGCGAGGUGCAAGAACCACAAAGUAAACCGUGUUGUGUUCCUGGGCAACAUGAAACGACUCCUAACAACGGGGGUGUCCCGCUGGAACACACGACAGAUUGCACUCUGGGAUCAGGAGGAUCUGUCCAUGCCAAUAAUAGAGGAGGAGAUAGACGGCCUCUCUGGGUUGCUCUUCCCUUUCUAUGAUGCAGACACCCACAUGCUGUAUCUGGCAGGCAAGGGUGAUGGUAACAUUCGCUACUAUGAAGUGACUACAGAGAAGCCUUACAUGCAGUACCUCAUGGAGUUCAGGUCCCCUGCACCUCAGAAAGGACUCGGUAUUAUGCCGAAACAUGGCUUGGAUGUGGCAUCCUGUGAAGUCUUUAGGUUUUAUAAGCUGGUAACACUGAAAGGAUUGAUCGAGCCCAUCUCCAUGAUCGUGCCUAGAAGGUCAGAGACGUAUCAGGAAGACAUCUAUCCCAUGACUCCAGGAACAGAACCUGCUCUUUCCGCUGAUGAGUGGCUGAGUGGUGUUAAUCGAGGGCCAGUGUUAAUGUCUCUCAAGGAGGGCUACAGCAGACCCAGCAAGCUGGUGUUCAAGGCUCCGGUGAAGGAGAAGAAGAGUGUGGUGGUGAAUGGGAUUGACCUGCUGGAAAAUGUGCCUCCCCGCACAGAGAAUGAGCUCUUGCGGAUGUUCUUCAGGCAGCAGGACGAGUUGCGGCGGCUGAAAGAUGAGCUAGCGCAGAAGGACGUUAAAAUACGACAACUCGAGCUGGAGCUGAACAACCUGAGAAACAGUCCGAAUAUCAACAGCAACAACAAUAACAAUAGCAGUGACAACAGCAUGUGACCAGGGUCAAGCCCUUGUAAAGUAACUCCCAAUACUGCUGAACAACUUCCAGGAUACCCCUCUCUUAUAUCCCACAAGGCCUAACCUUUGUCCCCACCAAGCAGUGUCUCUCUGAUCCUAACUGUUGAUGCCUUUAAUGCUGUCAGACUCUACUGGGGUGUAAGUCGACCCCUUUAUCACUAAAACCUCUCACACCUUAUGGCCUGUGUUUACUGCUGCUUUCCCAGCAGUAUCAGUAUAGCUAAGGCUCACGUUCACAAACAAACACAAAGAUUUGUGGAGGAAAAGUAGUUAAAAGGGACAAAAUGUUCUUUAAGAUUUCUUUCCUGCUAUUUAACUCUAUUAAUUGUAUUUUACUCAUACUCUCUCUGUCUUUCACUUUUAUGCAUACUUCUCCUCUGUUGUGGAUAUGUGGGCUGCCAAAUUUGCAGUAUUGGAUUGGAAUGGCUUUGAGAAAUAUUUGAUACAAGCCAUUAACUGUAUUAUGUUUUUUGUGUGUUUUGUUUAUAAUUGUACUUAUUUAUUUUGUUAUAUAUGUUUUCCCCCAUUUACGCAUUGUUUUAAAUAAUUAAGCUCAUCUUAUCUUUAACCAUGAAUGUAGAGACACAGAUCAUUAGCUGUUCAACCAAAUAUGUCUUCUAGAAUUCAUUUAGCAUAUCUUGUCUUUUUUUUUUGUCUUACAAUCUUAAAGAUGCAAUAAGUAUGAUCUACAUUGGAAGGUAUUUUGGAUUAAAGAUGCAGUUUGUAAUGUGCAAUUUAAUUAGAUCUUUGCCAUACAAUUGGCCUUGCUAGUUUCUUCAUUUCGGACUGGUUUUUCCUUAAUAUUCCUUAAAAUGCAGCUCAUACAGAGUACAUAAUUUUAACAGAGGUUAGUUGUUAAUUACAAUUCAUCUUGCAGGCAGCAGAAGGAUCUAAAAAUUACAAACUGCUCCUUUUAAUAUCUAACGAUUGCUGAUGCAUUGGCUGAGAAAAUCUCUCUUCUGAAGUGUUAAAGCUUCCAGGUUGCAACAAGCCAAAGCAGCUUUUAAUCACAUUCUAGUGAACCACAAAACAUUACUUAUUGUAUCUUUAAUGUACUUCGAUUGUUCAGAGGCUCGGACCUGAUUGUAUGCACAAUGCCAAGUUCAAUGAAAAUAGAGUUCAAUAGAAAGUUCAAUAGAAAGCAUUCACAACACUGUACAACAUAACUAAUACCUAAUGUAGUAACACCAUAUACUGUACACCUAGAAUUGAACCUAACAAGAGUGUGUUGUCACUAAAAUAACCUUCAGGAAGUGUGUUCAUGUUCUACUGCAAGUGAAAAGUUAAAAGGUACUAAGCUGUACCUUUCCUUGUCACUGGGGUGAUACAGUCACGGGUACACCUUUUGUACUUUAUAGUAUUUAUCUUUUAUCUAGAAAUGUGCAUCUAACGUAUCUUUAAUGCAUUACUAAAAGCUAAAAACUAAUUAUGGCAAAAUUGUGUACCUUAAAGAUACACUAUAUCCAUGUUUUCUGAUUAAAUGUAGCCUACAUAUUAAAUGAACAAAAGUAAAUGGUAAAUGGUCUGCACUUAUAUAGCACUUUUAUCCAAAGCGCUUUACACUGUGUCUCAUUCACCCAUUCACACACACACUCAAACACCAAUGGUAACAGAGCUGCUAUGCAAGGCACUAACUUGCCAUCGGGAGCAACUUGGGGUUCAGUGUCUUGCCCAAGGACACUUUGGCAUGUGGAGUCAUAUGGGCCGGGAAUUGAACCGCCAACCCUAUGAUUAGUGAGCAAAAAGAUGUACCCUUGAGGGUACCACCCUAGCGACAAAGAAAAGUUACAGAUUAGUACUAUUUUUUCAGAAAGUGUAACGAAACACAAUGAUGAUAGAGAAGCAGUACAUGUAUAUAGGUACUGUUUGAUGCGAAGAAAUGUGAAAAUAGUGAGUGAUUAAUAAGUAAGAAUUGCCGAAUUCUUACAGUAGAGGCAACAGUAAGUGGAAGUAAACGUGAGACAUUUAUUUUAGGAUUGCUUGUAGGGUAUACAGCAUACCAGCUGGAAGUGUUUAUUGUGCGUAGGUGGUUUAUAAUUGUACUUUUUAACCAAUCUGUCUGGGCUUCCUGUGAAAGGAUGAAGGGUCUCUCAUUCUUUCCUGCCCCUCUCAUCAUAAUUGAAUGAUUAAUUACACUAUAUGUGAAUCCCC